GCCUGAAGACAGCCGGAAGCCCCCACUGCCUGCUGCCACCUCCAGCCCCAGCCCCGUCACCAUGCACUCCUUGGACGAGCCGCUUGACCUGAAGCUCAGCAUCACCAAGCUCCGGGCGGCAAGAGAGAAGCGGGAGAGGACAUUAGGCGUGGUCCGGCCCAGGGCUUUGCACAGGGAGCUGGGCCUGGUGGACGAUAGCCCCACGCCUGGCUCCCCAGGCUCCCCGCCCUCAGGCUUCCUGCUGAAUCCCAAGUUCCCUGAGAAGGUGGAGGGACGCUUUUCAGCAGCCCCUCUGGUGGACCUCAGCUUGUCACCACCAUCGGGGCUGGACUCCCCCAAUGGCAGCAGCUCGCUGUCCCCUGAGCGCCAAGGCAACGGGGACCUGCCUCCCGUACCUGCUGCCCCGGACUUCCAGCCCCUGCGCUACUUGGAUGGUGUCCCCAGCUCCUUCCAGUUCUUCCUGCCCCUGGGCUCCGGGGGCGCCCUGCACCUGCCUGCCUCCUCUUUCCUCACGCCCCCCAAGGACAAGUGCCUCUCGCCAGAGCUGCCCCUGCCCAAGCAGCUGGUGUGUCGCUGGGCCAAGUGUAACCAGCUCUUCGAGCUCCUGCAAGACCUGGUAGACCACGUCAACGACUACCACGUCAAGCCUGAGAAGGACGCAGGAUACUGCUGCCACUGGGAGGGCUGCGCCCGCCACGGCCGAGGCUUCAAUGCCAGGUACAAGAUGCUCAUCCACAUCCGUACGCACACCAACGAGAAGCCGCACCGCUGCCCCACCUGCAGCAAGAGCUUCUCCCGUCUGGAGAACCUGAAGAUACACAACCGGUCGCACACAGGUGAGAAGCCCUAUAUCUGCCCCUACGAGGGCUGCAACAAGCGCUACUCCAACUCCAGUGACCGCUUCAAGCAUACUCGCACCCACUACGUGGACAAGCCCUACUACUGCAAGAUGCCCGGCUGCCACAAGCGCUACACGGACCCCAGCUCCCUGCGCAAGCACAUCAAGGCCCACGGCCACUUCGUGUCCCACGAGCAGCAGGAGCUCCUGCAGCUGCGCCCGCCCCCCAAGCCGCCACUGCCCACCCCCGACGGCAGCCCCUAUGUCAGCGGGGCCCAGAUCAUCAUCCCCAACCCCGCCGCCCUCUUCGGGGGCCCCAGCCUGCCCGGCCUGCCCCUGCCCCUGGCCCCUGGCCCCCUCGACCUCAGUGCUCUGGCCUGUGGCAAUGGCGGGGGCAGUGGGGGCGGGGGCGGCAUAGGCCCGGGGCUGCCAGGCCCCGUCCUGCCUCUCAACCUGGCCAAGAACCCGCUGCUGCCCUCGCCCUUUGGGGCUGGCGGCCUGGGCCUGCCUGUGGUCUCCCUCCUCGCUGGCUCCGCUGGCGGCAAGGCCGAGGGGGAGAAGGGGCGUGGCUCAGUACCCACCAGGGCCCUGGGCAUGGAGGGCCGCAAGACACCUCUCGAAAGGACGGAGAGCAGCUGCACCCGGCCAAGCCCCGAUGGACUCUCCCUGCUGCCAGGCACUGUGCUAGACCUGUCCACAGGUGUCAACUCUGCGGCCAGCAGUCCAGAGGCUCUGACCCCUGGCUGGGUGGUCAUCCCGCCAGGCUCUGUGCUGCUCAAACCAGCUGUGGUGAACUGAGCCCGCCUGGCGACAGCAAUGACAACCCAGCCAGUAGCUCCGGGGGCUGCGUGACGAACGGAAACUCUUCUGCGAAAUAGCAAUAAUGUCCCACUGCUCCAGGGCCUGGCCAGCUGCACUCCCCCGGCAGCCCCAGCCCCAGACAGCUGGGCAGCAAGGAUGGUGCUAGAAGGUCACAUCUGGCUUUCCAGCUCUCGGGUGCGGGCCUGGACUUGCAUCCAGGGAGAGCUGCGCUCUUGGGUGCUGAGGCCUCGUGGUCCUCUGGCCCACCUGGCCCACAGCUU